AUGGACGUGCCCAAGCUGCUCGAGAGUGUGGCGGCGCAGAGGAACGCGUCCUCGAGCGGGACCCCCAACGGCACCGCCGACCCCACCUCUGGCAACGGCUCCCUGACCCCCCAGCUCCAGCCCCCCCGCUACAAAGAGAUGGAUUCGAUACGGAUCCUACUGUACUUGCUCAUCUUCCUUCUGGGUGUGUUUGGCAACCUCCUCAUCAUCAUGGUUCUGAUAGUGAACAAGCAUAUGCGCACAGUGACCAACUCCUUCCUGCUGUCACUGGCCGUGAGCGACUUGAUGAUGGCUGUCUUCUGUAUGCCCUUCACCCUCAUCCCCAACCUACUGGAGGACUUCAUCUUCGGAGCUGCCAUGUGCAAGAUUGUUGCUUACCUCAUGGGAAUAUCUGUGAGCAUCUCCACAUUCAGCCUUGUUGCCAUAGCGAUCGAGAGGUACAGUGCCAUCUGCAACCCACUCAAGUCACGGGCGUGGCAGACCAGGUCCCACGCCUACCGGGUCAUUGCAGCUACUUGGGUCCUGUCCCUCAUCAUCAUGGCACCGUACCCCAUCUUCAGCCGCCUGGUGACCUUCACCAAAUCCAACUCUACAGCCCAAGCCCAUAUGUGCCGCAUCAGCUGGCCCAGAAGUCAGGUGGAGCAGUCCUGGUACAUCCUUCUGCUCUUUGUGCUGUUCUUCAUCCCUGGCGUAGUGAUGAUCAUUGCCUAUGGACUUAUCUCCAGAGAGCUCUACCGAGGAAUACAGUUUGAGUUGGAACAGAAAAAAGAAUCCAAUGGCCAGAAGAACGGUCUAAAUGGCAUGGUGUCGUCCGGUAGUGACGAGGGCGAUGGUUGCUACAUGCAGGUGGCAAAGCGGUCUGCUGCCAUGGAGAUGUCAGCGCUGGCGCCUGCAGGUGGUGCCAAGGUGGACCGGCCUCGAAGCAACACGUCAGAGGCGCGGCUAAUGGCCAAGCGGCGGGUGAUCCGCAUGUUGAUUGUCAUCGUGGCCUUGUUUUUCAUCUGCUGGAUGCCCAUCUACUCAGCGAACACGUGGAAAGCCUUUGACCUGCAGUCGGCUCAGCGUGCCCUAUCAGGGGCACCCAUCUCAUUCAUCCACCUGCUGUCCUACACCUCGUCCUGCGUCAACCCCAUCAUCUACUGCUUCAUGAACAAACGCUUCCGCAAGGCUUUGUUGGCCACCUUCGCCUGCUGCUGCAGGCCGUGCCGCCGCCGCCGCCCCCGACACCCGGCCGAGGACGACAUCACCGCUACCGGUGCCUCGCUCUCCAAGUUCAGUUACACAACUGUCAGCACCGUGGGGCCGCCCUGAUCAACACCUGCCACAGGGAAUGCGGGGCAGCGCAGGGUGCAGUGAAACGAAUCGUAGCGCUUUUAUUUAUUUAUUUAUUUAUUUGCGUUCAUCGCCGCAUUUGAGUUCUGUACCACUAUCGUUGACCGGCCGAGCACUGUGUUCGUGUGUAUGCUGUAGAGUACCAGCCACUGGCCUCAACCCGUAUAUGACAGUACAUGUGAAUGUGUGGAUGACUGCGGAGGAUUUCCGUGAAAAUCGUGCACUGAUGGGCAUCUGUGUUUUGAGAAAACAGUUGGAUAGUUGUGUCGAGAGUGCGGUUCACUGAAAAGACUCCUACUGGGGGGCUUGGGUAGGGAUCCAGGUAACAUGCAACUGGCGCUGAUGGGAAAA